UCGUGCUAAUUCCUGCGUUUACUGUUCUCUAACUUGCAUCACUCGUGUCUUUCUGUUUUCCCCUUCCCACUUCUCCCUCCCGAUUCUACCACCAGCCAUACUGGCUUUCAAGGCCGGCAUCUCGAAAUCAUGAGUCUUUUACGGGAAGGUUAUGGCGAUGUUAAUAGAGCAUUUCUGCAGGGCUUUAUGUCUCGUAGGAUUAUGAAAAUUGAUGAUAUCAGGGUCCUUCUGGCCGAUAUAUUGUCCGCGGACGGUAAUCACUUCUUACCCUUCUGUUCCUAUCAUGACUGACUCAUCCACUGGCGCAAAGAUGCGGAGCACGAAAUCAGCAUUGAAGACAUAAACGAGCGCAUCGUCUCAUCAUACAUUUCCAAGGCUAACGACAUGAUCCAUGACUUUGACCUAGAAAUCAAGAUCAUGUUGGACCAGAGGGAUCGCUCAAAGACUUAUGCUUUGGUUCGCCCGCUCCGGCCAUGCCUUCUCUUCCCCUAACUCACCCAUGACACCGCAGAUCAACACAACAUCAGACGAGCUUGUCCAGUUGGCUACAACUCAUAACGCCGAUGAGAUCGCAUUCUUCAAGAGAGUCCUCGACGCAAUCUUCGAGACCAAUAACACUCGCGAUGCAGAGGUUUUGGCAGUUCACGACUUUGCCGCUGUAAGAUUGCACAAGAAUCCGCAGCAGGGGGGAGCUACUCAAGCCACGCAGGGCUCUGCUAGUCAGAGCACUAGCGGUUUGACUAUGGUUGGGGCAGAAGCGGCGUUGGGAAGUUUUGUCGAUGAGGGGUGGUUGGAGUGUUCUAAGUAUGGUCCCUCUUGAGUAUGUCAUUGGUUAGACAGAUAGAUGUGCUCAUGGGGAUCGUGUUUUUAGGGCAGGUUUCUAUUCUCUCACGACCCGAGCACUCCUGGAACUCGGCCCUUAUCUAUUCCAAGCCUACAAUACCCCCGCGGACGAAGAUGGCGAGCAUGAUGAUGACGGGUCUCCCACCAAUGGCACUAUCGAAAGGGUCAAAACCUGCCAUGCGUGCCGAGAGAUUGUAACCAUAGUAAAUCCUCCCCCCCGCUCCCUCACCGCUUUCCCCUAACCUAACAUGCACACCAGGGCCUUCGCUGUACAGAUAAAUACUGCAAACUCCGCCUCCAUACCGCCUGCGCUGAGGGCAUCUUCCGUCCCAACCGCACGCCCGAAUGUCCGCACUGCAAGAAGGGGUGGAAUGGCGGUUUACCUGUUGGCGAAGAGGCAGACAGGGGUCAGAGGAUGCCGAGAGGGAAUAGGCAAUCCAACGUUGGCACAACUCCACGUGCGAGAGUUAACAGCGUUCCGCAGCCACCUUCUACGAGACGGGUCAUAAGAGGCGCGAGGGAUACACCUAUUGAAGAAGCCAGCCAGGAAGACGAGGAUGCGCCAGGGGAGGAUGAUGAUGAUGUCGAAAUGGCGGGGUAAUGGCUUGACGAUUUCUGUCUCUCUCUAUGUUUGCCUGGAUUAUCCGGGAGGGCUUUUUUUUCAUGUUUUGGCGUAUUGGGGUUUGUAUUUUUAGUAGUAGUAGAGAAUACCUGGCCCGAGUAUUUUAUUUUUAUUUUUUAUAUGCACUCUAUU